AUGGCCGGGAGACCCCUCUUCUUGUACUUGACAGUAAAUGAAGGAUCCAUGGGAUGUGUGUUGAGACAGCAUGAUGAAACUAGUAAGAAAGAAAGAGCAGUUUACUACUUGAGUAAAAAGUUCACUGAGUACGAGUCCAAGUAUUCCUCGUUGGAAAAAAUGUGUUGUGCUUUAGCAUGGACGGCGCAUCUACUCAAGCAGUACAUGAUAUAUCAUACCACUUGGCUCAUUACGAAAUUAGAUCCUAUUAAAUACGUCUUCGAGAAACCAUCCUUAUCAGGUAGAGUGGUAAGAUGGCAAGUGUUGUUGUCUGAAUAUGAUAUUGUAUAUGUGUCCCAAAAAGCUAUCAAAGGAAGUGCAAUCGUUGAUUUUCUGGCGAAAAGGGUGGAAGAAGAUUAUGAACCCAUGGAGUUUGAGUUUCUGGAUGAGGACUUGAUGUCAAUAUGCCUAACAAGUGAGGAGGAAUCGGAGAAAGAGAAUUGGAAUAUGUUUUUCGAUGGAGCUUCGAAUGCCUUGGGGCAUGGCAUAGGGGUUGUGUUAGUAUCACCAGAAGAAGGUCAUUAUCCCAUUAUAGCCAAGCUCAAUUUCUAUUGCACCAAUAAUGUGGCUGAAUAUGAAGCUUGUGUCAUGGGACUUCAGGUAGUAAUUGAGAGGAAAAUUCACAUUAUGAAAGUAUUUGGGGAUUCUGCUUUGGUUAUUUAUCAGUUACGAGGAGAAUGGGAGACACGCCACUCGAAUGUAGAGGAAGAAGUAGACGAGAAACCGUGGUACCAUGAUAUUGUGCAUUAUCUCAAGUUCCAGCAGUAUCCGGAGCAAAGCUUAGAAAAUGAUAAGAAAACCAUUAGAAGGUUGGCAAUGAAUUUCUUCUUGGAUGGGGACAUCUUAUACAAGAGAAGUAGGGAUCAAGUGUUUUUGAGAUGUGUGGAGUCAAUAGAAGCUCGGAGAAUAGUUGAGGAAGUUCACGAAGAAAUUUGUGGGGCACAUGCAAGUGGGUAUAUGUUGGCAAGACAGGUCAUGAGAGCAGGGUAUUACUGGCUCACAUUGGAAAUGGAUUGUAUAGAUUUCGCUCUAAAAUGUCACAAGUGUCAGAUAUACAAAGACAAAAUCCACACUCUUGCAAAUUCACAGAAUGUAUUGACAUCACCAUGGCCAUUCUCAAUGUGA